GGACUUUUUGCACAUCGUCCUCAAGCAGCGGGAGUCGCGAUGGCGACAUCGGGUGCCGCCAAGGCCAGCUUGGAAGACUGUUUGCCGCUGCAAACUGUGCCAAGCUUGAAGCUCAUGAAGCUUCGCACGUUCGCCAUCACAUACGUCACGUAUGCGAUCUUUCACGUCGCCCGAAAGUCGUUUGGGUCGAUCAAGGGCGAGCUGAGCAAGGAGAAAUGGAUGGCAUCGUCGCUUACGAGCCAAUCGAAUAUGUAUGGCCUCAUGGACAUGGUAUUUCUGGGGCUCUAUGCCAUCGGGUUGUACGCCAGUGGCAUGCUCGGCGACCGACUCGACCUUCGCAAAUUCUUGGCGGGAGGCAUGGUCGGAGUCGCGCUCGUGCUGAUGACAUUCGGCGUCGCGGGUUUGGCAAACUAUCACGUCUUUUGGUUUUAUUUGAUGCUGUGGGGUGUCAACGGUGCCGUCCAGUCCGUGGGGUGGCCGUCCAACGUGGCAAUCAUGUCGCGGUGGUUCGGCGACGGUGAGCGCGGCGUUGUGUUGGGCCUAUGGAGCAGCUGUGCAUCAUUCGGCAACAUUUGUGGCGGAGCUUUAGUCGGCAUCUUGUGUCACGUGGCGGAAGCGUCCGUCGCUUGGAAGUUGGUCAUGGUCGCGUCGGGAGUGAUCAUGCUCGUGCAGUCCCUUAUAGUAUUUCUAUUUCUCGUACCAGCGCCUCCCAAGCAUCUCCAUGACGACACUGAGGCCACAACGCUGUCAAUACCUGCCUCGGACAACAAGGAGGUCCCUGUGGAAGGGGGACCCGUUGGCAUUUCGUUCUCAAGAGCUUGGAUGAUCCCUGGUGUUGCGUCGUAUGCGAUAGCGUAUGCGUGUGUCAAGUCUGUGUCAUACUCGCUCUUCUUUUGGGUGCCGUACUAUUUGACGGCUGAGCGACACAUGAACAACUCGAAAGCCAACUUGUUCUCGGUGCUGUACGAUGUCGGUGCGAUCAUCGGGUCGGUCGCCGGGGGCUACCUCACCGAUCGGAUGGGUGGCAAGCGGUCGUUGUAUAUUGUGCUCUCGCUCUGCCUCGCCGGCAUCGACAUGGCAUUUCUAUUUGGCGCAUCCGAGCACAUGACGGGAGUUCUGCUCUUCUUGACAGGGGUGCUCAUGGGUGGUCCGGAAAUGCUCAUCACGACGACGAUCUCGGCGGAUCUCGGCACACACCAGACGCUGGCGAAGAACGCUCAAGCGCUGGCCACCGUCACAGGAAUCAUCGACGGAACCGGCAGCAUUGGCGCUGCGGUCGCACAGUACUUGGUUGGUCGCAUCGCCAACUGCCACUCGACGUGCGACCCGAUCCCCGCGACCGCACAUGCGGUGUGUCCCACAACGUGUGCAUGGGACUCGGUCUUCUUGAUGCUCCAGAUAUGCACGGUCGUGGGGGUGUUGAGUCUUAGCAGCCUCGUAUUCCACGAAAUGCAGAGUUGGCGGCGGCGGAGGGACCACCCCACUCCCGACAACCCCGUGAUCAAGUUGCAGCAUUGUCCAUUGCUCCAGACCGAUGAGAGUACCGACAAUGACGCCAUCGCGCGCCCCGACACACCUGGAUCGACAACCAGCACUGCCACGUCGCCUGUAUCACUCGACGACAGUUCGUUGGAUGCACUCAAACAUCGAGUUUAGACCGAGUACACUUGUUGGUACAACUAUAUGCGCUUGACUUCGACUAGCGUGCGCUGGGCGACUUGAUGCGGUUCGGGGGACUCGUGGUGGCCUUUGGGCAGGAUUGUGAUUUCGGCGUACGUGCCACCAGCUUGACCUUUGGACAGUUGGCCUGGGUUUACACAAAGAGUGUCUUGCACGGCCUAAUGUGUCGACGUGAGUGAAAAAUGCAACACCUAUUGCAGUCGA